UACAUACGAGGUCGCUCAGCUUAUAGGUACAGUAGUGGUCCUACCUUGACCGAUUUGUCGGGAAAUGACGCGUCUGGGUUGGUGGGAAGAAUCAGGCACACAUCACGUGUACAUGACGUCUGCAUUAUACCGGGAUCCAAGGCACGAGAUUAGUAGAUAGCUGACCCAGUUGCCAUGUAGAUAUAGAAAUUGUACAGAGAUAUUCAUCUUCAAAUACCCGCUCUCCAGGACGGAUGGUCGCAAAUAACAUUGCGGAGUUGUGGAGACAGAAUCCGUUGACCUUAUCAAUAGAACUAACCGCGGUGGGAAAGCAACGGAUGCCCCAGGCUACACACAUGGUGACCGCCCCCAGUCGAACUCUCCGUCUCCGCCCUCGUCAUCGCCCCAUCGAUCUACUCUCUCAGCCACUGCCACGACACUUCCCUCUCACCAACCUCUCUUCCCCUCUCUAUCUCCAUUUCUUUCGCGCGCGCUCUCUCUCUCUCUCUUUCUUCUAUUCUUCUUGCUCUUUUUGUUUUCACGGUCCGUCUGUGAUCUUUCCUUUCUUCCGCGGCUAAAACUCCACGUUAUCCCCGACGUUCCCCAGUCGAGCUCUCAGCUCCGCUGCCAGAUAGACCAUCCACCCAUGACGGAUCUUCG